CACACUCCCCCCUCGGUCCCCAUUCGCCCCCCAAGUCCCGGCAGUGCAGCCCCAUGGCCGCCCUCUCCCCGGACCUGUGGGCGCAGCUGCCGCCCCACAAGCUCCGCUCUUUGGCCCGGGCUUGGUUGGACGAAGACUCCCCCUUCCCCGACGCGGCGUCGGCGGCCGUGGGUCGCUCCCCGCUGCGAGCCGAGCUGCUUUGCAAGUCUCCGGGGGUGAUGGCGGGCGCCCCCUUCGCCCAGGCCGCCUGGGAGGAGACGGGGUGCGCCGUCACCUGGUUGGUGGCCGACGGCCACCGGUUGCCCCCCGGCAGGACGACGGUGGCCACGGUGGAGGGUCCGGCGGCCGCGGUGCUGGUGGCCGAGCGGACGGCCCUCAACGCCGUGGGGCGGUGCAGCGGGGUGGCCACGGCGGCCGCCAGGGCGGUGGCGGUGGCCAAAGGGGCCGCGUGGCGGGGAAUGGUGGCCGGGACCAGGAAGACGACGCCGGGCUUUCGUUUGGCCGAGAAAUACGCUUUGGCCGUGGGGGGAGCCGAGAGCCAUCGCCACGGCCUUGGAGGGGGCGUCCUCCUCAAGGACAACCACCUGGCGGCCGCCCGCGCCCCCCUCGAGAAGGUGGUGGGAAUGGCGCGCGGCGCCGGGGGCUUCACGCAGCGCCUGACGGUCGAAUGCAGCUCCAUGGCCGACGCCGUCCGCGCCGCCAAAGCCGGAGUGGACAUCGUCCUCCUCGACAACUUCACCCCCCAGGAGCUCCACGAGGCGGCGGCGGCGGUGAAGGCCACCGACCCCCGGGUGAUGGUGGAGGCCAGCGGGGGGAUCGACCUGGAGAACCUGCCCCGCUUCUUGGGGCCCCACAUCGACGUCGUCUCCAUGGGGUGCCUGACCCACGGCGUCAGCUCCCUCGACUUCGCCCUCCGCGUCGUGGACCAGCCCUGAGCGACCCAC